AUGGCUGCCCUGGUCCAGAUGCUGCGCCCCCUGGCCGGGCUGCCCCACUUAGUGAUGGGGCUGUAUCCGGCCCCGCAGGAGACCUACAGUGCUCUCGGCGCCAUCCAGCCAACGACCUGUGAGCUGCUUUGUGAAGAACUGCUUCUAAGGAGAGAUGCAGAACUUCACCAUCCUCAAGGUUUACUGCAGGCGCUCCAGGAGGUAAAGGACCAGUCCAUCAUGUCUGAGAUGGUUUGCCUCAGUGGAAGAACAAGGAAGGAGAAAUCAUCGCCAGUCCGUCUCCUGGACCUGGCGAGGUGGACUCUGCUAAAGCACCAAGACUUGGCCAUCUCCUCUCUGGAGACCCUUCCCUCAGAGCUCUUCCCACAACUCUUCCUGGAUGCCUUCCAUUUCAGUUGCACAGAGACGCUGAAGGCCAUGGCGCAGAAUUUAGAAGCAGUGAUGGAUGGACUUGAUGUGCUGCUUGCUCAGGAGGUUCGCUCCAGGAGGUGCAAGCUGCAGGUGCUGGAUUUCCGUCUUAUUGGUGAUCUAUUCUGGCAUCAAUGGUGUGGGACCCCUGUUAGACGGAGCUCAGAGGGGAUAGCACCACGGCCUGUCAAAAGUUCCAGAAAAGGACAUACCUCUGCUCGCCUGGAGAUUGUCAUAGAUCUAACAGUUUCCGUAGGUCGCCUUCAUAAAGUAAUAGCCUACGUCCUUAAUUGGGUGAAGGAGAGAAAAGAUGUUCAUCUGUGCUGUAGAAAGAUAAUGUUUUUCCAUAUGCCCAUCCCUGACCUCUGCCUAAGUACCAUUGAACUGAGCUGUGUCCAAGAAGUAGAAGCAGAUUUAUCCUGGAAAACGUCCAUCCUGGAAUUGUUUGCUACUGUACUGGGCCAGAUGAAGAACCUGCAGAGACUAAUUUUAUGUACUGAGGUACCUUCCCACAUCUGCUUUGAGGUGCUAAGAAGUCAAUGGCGGUAUGCGACCCAGUUGUCUAAUCAGUUCCUCCAGCUGCACAGCCUUCGGGAGCUCUGUCUGGACUCAACCACCUUCCUCAAAGGGCAUCUGGACAAGGUGCUCAGGUGCCUGAGGAGCCCUUUGGAGAUCUUGAGCCUCACGGAGUGUUCACUUCUAGAGCGGGACAUGACACAUCUGUGCCAGUGUGCCAACCUCACCCAGCUGAAGGAGCUGAGUCUGGAAGGCACCUACCUGAGCCUGGUGAGGGAGCCCCUGCGCGUGCUGCUGGAGAACUGUGCGUCCACCCUGCAGGACCUGGACUUAGGGAUGUGCAGACUCCGUGACUCCCACCUGGAGGCCAUCCUGCCUGCGCUGAAACUCUGCUCCCAGCUCAGGAUCCUGAACCUCCGAGGGAACCGCGUGUCCAUGGCCACCCUGGUCCAGAUGCUGCGCCACCUGACCGGGCUGCCCCACUUAACGCUGGAGGUCUAUCCGGCCCCGCAGGAGAGCUACAGUGCUCGGAACACAUUCCACCAAAGGAGCUUUGAUCUGGUGUGCGCAGAGCUGAGCGGGGUUCUCAGGGACCUUGGAAAGCCCAGGUUGAUCUUGGUCAGCCCUGUGCCCUGUUCUUGCCACGGAAAGACUGUUCUUCACAACUGUGAGCCCACGAUGUUCCCUGUUUCCUGCUACCGUUGUCAGACUCAAAAGAUUUCAUUUCCGAGUUUAGAAAGAGAACAGAGCUACCCGGUGUCUAUAUAG